AUGACAAUUUCAUACGAGGAAGAAUUCUGGUCAUUGAUGUUUCGAUGGAGAGGGUCGUUGUGGAAAGCUGUUUUACGUGAUGUUAUCACUUUUUAUGCAGCAUAUUAUGUUAUACUAAUUUAUCAGUACUAUUUCUUGGACGAGGCUGGCAAGCAGUAUUUUACGGGUUGGAUUGAGUGGUGUGAAAUUGGGUCUAGUUUCAUACCUCUAUCGUUCCUGCUUGGUUUCUUCGUCGCUGUGGUGGUUGCUCGUUGGUGGGAACAAUUCAACUGGAUUAGCUGGCCAGAUAAACUAAUGAUGAUGGUUGCUGCCUGUUUACCAGGCAAGGAGAACGUUAACAUUAGGCAAACCAUUGCUCGAUGGUCUAGUUUACAGGCUGCAAUUGCAUGGUCUGGUAUUUCAGUGAGAACCUAUAAAAGAUUUCCAAAAGAGGAGCAUCUGGUAAAGGCAAAACUGAUGACUGAGGAGGAAUAUGAAAUGUAUCAUUCAAUUAAUGCACCGCACGGCAAAUGGUUUGUUCCAACAAUGUGGAUUAUCAACUUGAUUAAGACGCUAUACUGUAGGAAGCAAAUUGACACGAUGCAGUUCAACAUGAUUUUAGAUCAAAUUUAUAAGUACCGCGACGGGUUUGCAAUGCUGUACGUUUACGACUGGGUUAAAAUACCACUUGUCUACACACAAGUGGUAGCAAUAGCGACAUACGGAUACUUUAUUAUAUGCCUACUUGGAAGGCAACCUAAAAUUGAUGAAAAAUCAAUGGAAAAAGAAGUGGCAAUUCUUUUUCCGAUAUUUACCACCUUUCAAAUGUUGUUCUAUUUAGGUUGGCUUAAAGUAGGACAAUAUCUAAUGAAUCCUUUUGGAGAAGACGACGACGACUUUGAGUUAAAUUAUGUUCUUGAUCGAAACACCUAUAUUGCUAAAAUGAUGGCAACAGAUAUUGCCGAUCAACUACCUUCUGUUAAAGGAAUUGAAUUUGUUGAAUUAAUACCGCACACUCGGGCAUCUUUCCAAAUUCCGGAUACGCUUCCGAAGUCAUUAUAUGUUCAGAUUUCGGAGAAGGAUAUGGAAUUGGUUAACACAGAUGAAAUAACCAGUAAAGAAGAUUUAGAAUAUCUUCUGAACGAUUCACAAACGCGAAAAAUACAAGCAGUUGCUACAAAUCUUCAAAGGAGGUUUAUUUGA